CGGCUGUAUAAUUACAUACAAUACGACUUUUUCUAAAUCCAAAUUAACACGAUGCAAUUAUGCUUUUUGUCCAUAAUUUAGGAUGGUUCAAAAGCGUUCUCUCCAAUAAUUAACGAAGACAUGAUAUCAAACUAUUUGGUCUAUGACUUCAGCAGGUUUCAAGAGAAAACAUUACAUAAAAUCCACUAUCCACAGUUCAACCAUUCCCAGUAGCUGCUCGAGAUCGAAACAUAUUGGCGCGAGAUGACUGACUGGUACCUGUCUGAUGCCAUUCAACAACAAAACUCCUCACCCCUCAGCAGCAACACACCAACCAUCCGCUCGUUUUUUCAAUCUAUAUUUUCAUCUUGACUCGUCUCCAGAGAGACAAUCUACGCGUAGACAGCGGGCAAUAUCGGGAUAACAAAACAAAUAUAUUAUUUUGCAAAUUAGACUACAGCUAUACAGCCGACAGCGCCUCGGGCAAGAAUAAACCACCAUUUUGUUACGGUUAGCUCUACUGCUCAUCGUUUCAUUGUUUUCCCCCAAAACGACUGAUAGUCAGGUCUUGCGCCCACACACGUCCACAACUCCGAACCAACACUCACUAGUAGGCUAGUAUCCUUGAAUCGCAUGUGUUACCCUGGCAACCCAGUUUAUACAUUAGCUUGAAAUGAUUGGUCAAUUUUUUACGCCAGGACAUUUCUCCUCAUGGGAAUUCGAUCUUCUCUUUCUACUCCGCACACAUUCAAACUCUACGAAGCGCAUGCUCUGAACGACCCUCCAUAAAGCCAUCUCUCUAUCAUCAGCUUGUGCAACAAGGAUAACAGUAGGCCGCGCCAGCAAAUUCACGCACACAACAAACACAGCGCGGAACGUAUCAGCCUACUGUGAUCCCUUUCGCUCUUAUCCCAACAAACUCGCUUCCGCAGCCCUCCAUAAUCGGCCAUCGGUUUCGGAACGAACGGAAAGCGAAGGAUAAACAUAUCCUGCCAACCUGCCCCGCUCAUUCCUUCGGGCCCACAACCGUCGUGAAUCCCUGGACCCUCGGCGUGUCGUCAGCCACAUCAGAUGAUAUUAAUUUUGUUACUUUCCAGCAUUUCAUUUUCAGUCCGAUCGACUCUUGCAUCGUGCUACGACGCCGCCGAGACAACGACGACCGGUCGCGGAAUUCAGCUCGAGAAAAUUGUCCAACUUUAGACUCUCGACUCCGAGGAUUUUCACAAGUAGUGGCCCCCCUUCGGUAUAGUAGUUGCUCUUCUCCACACUCCACUCGAAGCCGUUACACAUACACAGCACUCACAGUCUCAGAGAGAAACAGACUGCGGCGAGCUGCCGCAAAACGAAGGUCCUGAUAAAAAUAUACGUAACUAAAUUGAAGUGAUACUAUUAUCUACUUGAGAUUUCCAUAAAUUAAUUCGAUAUGUCUCAGAUGAUUACGAUCAGUCCGGGUACCACCAAUGGCGAACCCCGAUAACCUUGACGUUGAAAGGGAAAAUUUUUAAGCGUCUGAUGAAACGUGACUCAAGCGGUGGGACGAAGUUGCGGUAAUCGAAUUUGGGGUGUUUAGUGUAGAUCUACGUGGAUUAUAGCAAACCCUGUGACGCCUUGUGAAAGAAAGCCGAGUAUUGCGGCAAGUGAACCAAAUUAGUUUAACUAUUGCUUGUGGUACGAAACAAUAUGGAUUAACAGCGGUGCAAAAGUAAGUGAACCCAAGUCGUGAAUACCAAGGAUACCUUGCCGUAACUUUUACCGUCGCGUGUACACCAUCCGGAUUCAAACUGUAUCUACCGUCGGAUUGUUGCUCUCCGGUGUUGAAUAGGGAGUAUUCCUCGACGGCCGGGCACUACAAUCCCCUCGGCACCAAGUUGGAUUUCAAAAACGGCUGUGCCGAUUCCGGCCCGGCUGGUAUUGGUAGCGGCGGCAGUGGUGCACCCCCGUCUGGAUUAAGUCCGGCCAGUCCCGAUUCGCAGCAGUUCAACAUCUUCCCCGCGAUCUUUAGCCGGCAGCUGAAUUUCACCGGAACAGGUGCCACGUGUGCAACCGGCGGCCAAACGGGUAAACUGAUGGACGACCUCCGGCCGAACCUCGUGGGCGGUCUGCUAGGUCUCCAGCAAGGCCUACUAGAUGAUCACAGUCUUUCGCACGGAAACCUUCAGCACAAUGCCCAAGACUCGAAGUUCAUGUCACUGCAGGACAACCGACUGAUGGGGAUAGGAUCGCACGAAAACCGCCUGCUAGGAUUAUCACAGGAAAACCGAGCGCCGGGUGGAGGACCCGCGGGAGGUCAAGCAACUGCCGCCGAUAAAUCCCUUCAACGGAAGUGCAGCAGCACGCCGGAGGAUUUCAGUGCCCUGUACGGUGGAUUAACGGGAACUACCAUCAGUGACCAUCACCAUCAUCACACGCCUGCCCAUACGCCCCCGAACCGGCUGAGUGACAAUGCAUCUGUGACAGCGGAAGGUGCUUUUAAAAAACUAAAACCCGAACCAAACAGUGGACUUUCGUCGGUGUCCGGUAGCAUCUCGUCACCCGGAAGUGGUAUCUCGUCCCUGCCUCAGCACGCCGGCCACACGCCUACGACGGCAUCCUGUCCGACACCGGCCCGGAGGCGGCAUCGGACAACCUUCACUCAGGAACAGUUAGCAGAACUAGAAGCGGCCUUUGCAAAAUCCCACUACCCCGAUAUCUACUGUAGAGAGGAACUAGCGCGAACAACUAAACUAAACGAAGCAAGGAUACAGGUCUGGUUUCAGAACCGGCGGGCCAAAUAUCGCAAGCAAGAAAAGCAAUUACAGAAAGCGCUCGCCCCCUCGGUGAUACCGUCGUGCAAUGGCAUGAUGCGAAACAUACAAGGCUACAGCGUGUCCCGAGGUUAUCAACCGUAUCCCCAUCCAAACUCAAUCAAUCGAUAUCCGCAGGAUCUCUUCCAGAUGAGUGGCUCGUCGUAUCCAGGAAUGACGCAGCCAUUUUCGAUGUCGCACAGUUCCGGCAUGAGCUCAGUAGGCGUCCGUCAGGAUUCUAUGGGAAUGUCCGCGGAAGACGAAUGGUACAACAAGAGCCUGUCAGCCCUGCGAAUGAACAGCUCACACCACCCAAACCUGUCGGCCCCGAUGCUGCAAUACCAGACAUAAUUAAUGUAGGAUCAAGCAUAACCUUUCCCAUGAACUGUUGGAACAUCGCAUCUUCGGCAGCCAUAGAAUCGCCCACCAACGUGGGACAGAACGAGUGUUGUUCAAACAGUUUUCCUUGAAAGAAAUGCAUUGGAGGAAAAGUUCCCAUCAGAGUCAAAUCUAGUCAUCACCGCAUUUGAUCAAAGCAUGCGCUCGUUGCAAUUCGCCGCAUACUCAGAUUGGACAGCAUCGCAGCACUGGCAACGCAAAAGCAUACAACACAUCGUUAAAAUUUCAUUAGCCUACUCAGUCGCAAACGCUUAAUUGAAUCGAUUCGCACGGUGGCGUUUUAAUAUACAUUUAUUCGCUUCGAACACGAUCUUUAACGAAAACGUUUGCUCCUAUUAUGUGUGCUGCUGUUAAUCGGCGAGAAGCGGCGUUGACACCCCGCUUUGGUCCUUUUCAGUAUUUUUUUAAGUCCGUUCAUGAAAAAUUCAAUAAGAAUAAAUUAAACACACAAACUUUUUUUUUUGGUUUUUCAAUAGUUCGAUUAAACAUUAACAACGGUAAUUUAUUCAACCGAACAAUGUUGAUGCUAAUGAAAAUUUAAAUAACGACCGACUCAGCCACCCAUUCCUCUCUAGAACGAUGGAAAGGAUUUUGCGAGAAAAUAUCCCGUAGUAGUUUUAGUAAAAAAAAAAUCCAGCAACUGUAAAUAAAAAGGACUUUGAACCCCAUUCAGAGUCGGAUUAAAUGAUUUGCGUGUUUUCCUGCUUUGCUCGAAAACAAUCAAACUGGCAAGAAAUCAAAUAUGUAAGGUACCGUAAAUUGAUAGGCGUUAUGGAGAGAAUGCACUCAUCAAAUAAUAUUGGCAGAGAACACACAAAAAAGCUGCACAACUAUCCGCCACGCCGGAGCUGAAAAUAAGUUAUAUAUAAACAAUGCUAGUCGUAUAAGGUAAAUUACUAAAGGCAAAGUAUAUACUAAACAAAAAAAAAGAUUACGAAACAAUCCCUGAAAUGCGCUGAAGACAGUGGUAGACAGAGGAACAUCUGAGCAUAAACGUAGCUAAAUUUAUAAUUUCAAUUGCUCAACCGUUGCGUUGAAUACAAAAAAAAAACUUUCACCUGAAUAAUAAAAAAGAAAAAAGACGCAAAAUCUAAAUUACUGAAUCUAGGUGAAAGUUACUAGUUGAUCUAUAUUAUGAUACAAGCAACAAUUCUAGUCGCGAAACUAACAAAAAAAAACAAACAGAAAGUCAAAACCAGAGCAUUGAUUGUAUGUGUACAUAUAGACCAAAAAUACAAUGCAUUCAGAACUAUUUGAG